AUGUCCGGUGGUAAAGGUGGUAAAGCUGGUUCAGCUGCUAAAGCAUCCCAAUCUAGAUCUGCUAAAGCAGGUUUGACUUUCCCAGUCGGUAGAGUUCACAGGUUAUUAAGAAGAGGUAACUAUGCUCAAAGAAUUGGUUCCGGUGCUCCGGUUUAUUUGACUGCUGUCUUAGAAUAUUUGGCUGCUGAAAUAUUAGAAUUGGCUGGUAACGCCGCUAGAGACAACAAAAAGACGAGAAUCAUUCCAAGACACUUGCAAUUGGCUAUCAGAAAUGAUGAUGAAUUGAACAAGCUGUUAGGUAACGUCACCAUUGCUCAAGGUGGUGUCUUGCCAAACAUUCAUCAAAACUUGUUGCCAAAGAAAUCUGCCAAGACUGCCAAAGCUUCUCAAGAACUGUAA